UCGCUGCGCCACGUUUGAGCUUGAAUGUGAGAUAUACCAGAAACGUCAAAGAGAACAGCGGAGAGGAGGAGAAUCAGCUGAAGAUCUUAGAGGAUGAAGAGCUUUACGAUGAUCUCGAGCCACAAAGAGCCAUAGGACCAUGCAAUCCUGUAGCCUGCAACAGAAGGUGCUUCAGAGCUACUGCAGUGACUCUGGGAGGGUUUUAUCUUCUGCUAUUGGCUGGACUCUUCAUUCGCUUCACUUCGCUGCAGACCAGAUACGAGAUGUUGCAGACCAGAUACGAAAUGUUGCAGACCAGAUACGACCAACUGAGCAGCAACUACAGCCAGAUCCAGAGCAACGUUUCUGACAUAUCCGUCAAAAACAGUCAGUUUCGGAGCCGCUAUGAAACACUGAGUGUAAAUCACAGUCAGUUACAGGAUGAAGUAAAGCAGCUGGAGACCAGAAUGAAAGAGAUGCAGUGUCCUGACGGAUGGAAGAGACCUGGAUGCAGUUGUUACUUUAAAUCUGAGAAGGAGAACUAUUGGUUUGGAAGCAGAGAUGACUGUGAGCAGAGUGGAGCACAUCUGGUCGUCAUAAACAACGAAGAGGAACAGAAGUUUGUCACUGAGCUGAGUAAGGAUGGAGAGUACUGGAUUGGUCUAAGGUAUGGACGGAGACAAGGAGAAUACAAAUGGCAAUGGGUCGACGGAUCACCGCUGACAGAAACGUUCUGGGCAUCAGGACUGCCUCAUGAUUACGGUAACUUUACCGCUGUAACAUGCUGCGAUCAACAAGGAAAAUGGACACAAAGAAGAAAUGAUUACCCUAAGAAGUGGAUCUGUGAGAAAGAGAUUCUCUGAACUCUGUGAUGACAGAGGGGGGUGUAGUGUAGGGAUCAGCUUUGUCAAAUCAGACUAAUUAACAUUUUGCUCAGUAGUUUAUUCUGUGUUGCUAAAUAACCUGGAUUACAUAGAUAUCGUCCCUCUGCCCUUCAUAGUGCACAAUCUGGUUAGAAGUCAUGAGCCCUUACUCUGUAGUCCUACAGGAUUAUAAUAGCAUUUCCAUAUAGCCACUUAAAAAUGUGCAAUGAUACGUAACAACAUUGUUUUGGGACAAAACUUUCACUUAAGCUUUUUGUUUAUCGCAAAUACAUAUUGCGUAAUGUUACCGCAAACUCAACAAACACUUUGGAUCAUGCACAGAGACUACUGUGGUAUACCCACUACAAUAAACUAGACUACACCACUGCCCCCAACUCAUCCCUACAACCUAUCAAAUCAAAUCAUUAUUCAUGUCUUACGCUGCAGCUGGUAUUCUUGUAUUUGUAUCUUAUUCCAAUGUAGGCUGUUGUUAUUUUUUUUAUUUCUUUCAUGAA